UAUAAAAGUUUCAAAAGCAAAAUAUAUAAACAUAAUACUGAAUUUAUAUCAACGCAUGCAAGUAUGGCGCUCAAUCCUAUUAUCUCGUUUGUGUAUAACAUAACCUUCGAAUGUCCUUUAAAUCGGAGAAAUGUUAUCCCAAAUUUUAAUGGAUUAGCUUGCUCUUCCAGAAAUAUGACAGGACCGUAAUAUUCGUAAGUGAAAAUAGUUGGUACAUCACCAUUCAAGAUGAUAGAUCUCAAUUUAAUUAGGGAAUACUUUAGUAUGCAAGUUAAUGAAAUAAUUUGUUGGUGGUGGUUUUACAUCAAUGAAAUUUCAUGGCAGUUAUUAAUAGCUGUUACCGCGUAUCUUUGUGUUUGUAUUUUUCUCUAUUCAAUCUUGAAGAAAGUUAGCCACACAGCGUGGCAGUUUCCAGGUCCACCUGCCAGAAUACUGUUAGUUACAGCUCAUCCUGACGAUGAGGUCAUGUUUUUUGGUCCACUGGUGCACUGGGUUACAAGAUCAAAGGCUAGUGAAAUUUACCUCCUCUGUCUUAGCAAUGGUGGAGAUAGGAGAAGAAAGGAAGAGUUAUGGCAGUGUACAAAAAUAUUAGGAAUUCCAGAAGAUAAUGUAACUAUAAUAAUGAGUACAGAGUUACCUGAUGAUCAAAAUGUACAAUGGCCAACAGAGAUAGUGGCAGAAUGUAUUUUACAGUAUGUAGAAUGUUAUAAAAUCAAUGCAGUUGUAACAUUUGAUAAAUAUGGUAUAAGCAAACACAAGAACCACAUUUCCUUAUACUUUGCUAUAGCUGCACUAUGCAUAGAAAAAAAAGUACCAUAUUAUUGUAAACUAUACAUUUUAGAAUCUGUGAAUAUAAUUAGAAAAUAUGUACAACUUUUAGAUUUACCAAUUAGCUUAUUAUCUGCUUCAUAUUGGUAUUUGCUAACAUAUGAUCAAAAAACUAUUAUAAAAAAAGCUAUGACUGCACACAAGUCACAGUAUGUUUGGUUUCGAAAAUUGUACAUGAUAUUUUCGCGAUACACGUUCAUUAAUACCUUCCAAGAAAUGAGUGCUCUUGAUCUGGAGUUGGAUCUCCAGUUUGAUGACGAGUAAUCUACGUUACUUUAUGCUAUUGUACAGAUCGCAAUUAAUUGUACAUAAAUUAAAACCGAAUUUUUAAUUCAUCUAUUAAUAUAUAAUACAAUCGCCAUAGGAU